CACAACUGCCCCUAUAAUUAAAUAUGUAAUAAUAUAAUUUAAUAUUUUGUGCACAAAACAGUUUUUAUAUUAGUAUUGAUUUUUUAUAAAUAAAAUUAUAAAAAUAAUAAAUGCAAAAUUGGUUGAGGAAAUGAAUGACUGUUUCGUGGGCAUGAAGGAUGACAGUUAGACUGAAACGCGUAUACAAUAAAUUGGUUUUGCAAGUCAGCUAAUAGUAGGGUAUAACAAUAAUAAUUAAAUAUUAUGUCGGGAACCAUGCAUAUUCAACAUGACCUCGAAAAUAAGAGAUCAAUUAAGGUCUUUGUGUGUGAUACACCGUUCAUAUUAGAUCAAACUAUCAAAGAAAUUAUUAAUCUAAGCAAAUAAUUGUUUGCAAUGGCGGAAGCAGUGGUGUCGAUUGCUCUAGGAACCCUGCGUAGUUUGUUGUUGGAAGACGGCAAGUUUUUAUACGGCGUGGGCGAUGGAGUGAAGGAGCUCGAGAUCCAGCUCAAAGAGAUGAAGUGUUUCCUCGAAGAUGCUGACAGAAGGCGACAUGAAAGCAAAACCAUUUUCAAUUGGAUCUCGGAGAUCAAAGAACUUGCGUACAGAGCCGAAUCCGCCAUUGAAAGACACGCGGCUCGAGUGUCCUCGAGGAGAUCACGACGAGGCCUCCGGAGAUAUUCUUGCAUCCUUGAAGAAUAUCACUCGAUCCACCAACUAGGCUCCGAGAUUUCAAAAAUCAAAUCCCAUCUUGGAAGAGUCACCAAAGACAUGCGAGCCUACGGAAUAAAUAACAUCAUCGAUCGCGGGGAAGGCUCGGCCCUCAACAACAACAAAAAUUGGUUGAGGAAAACAUUCCCCGAUUUCGAGAUGGAUGACUGUUUCGUGGGCAUGGAGGAGGAGCUGAAGCUGCUUGAAUCUCUACUAGUCGACGACAAAGAGCAUCGAGUUAUUUCAGUAUGGGGCAUGGGAGGUUCGGGCAAGACCACCAUUGCUAGAAAGGUGUACAACCACAUCAAAGAGACCAGAAAUGGUUGCUUUGAGUCUUUCGCGUGGGUUUGUAUUUCUCAGCAAUGCCAGAUCCGAUCGGUUUUGGAGGAUAUUCUCACUCAGCUAAGACCACAAAAGGUUAAUGAGAAUAUCGUGGGUGACACGUUGCUGAUGGGACAACUGUGCGAGAUACAAAGAGAGAAACGAUGCCUCAUUGUUGUGGACGAUCUUUGGGAGACCUCUCAUUGGGAUGGCUUCAAGCAUGCCUUUCUUGUUCAGGAUUUGCAGAGCAAAAUCUUGGUCACCACGCGUGAACGAAAGGUUGCAGAGGUUGGAUUUGCAAUAGAACAUGGGCUUCUACAUAUUGGUGAGGCUUUGGAACUACUCAAGAAGAAAGCAUUUCUCCAUACCAACAUUCCAGAUUUUGCAUCUGAAGAAAAUUUUGAGAAAAUUGGAAAAGAAAUGGUGCAGAAAUGUGGGUAUUUGCCGUUGGCAAUUUCUUUACUAGGUGGGGUAUUGAGAAUGAAAAAUUCGAUGAAGGAAUGGGAGUUAGUAAAUGAGUAUAUCAAAGACUUCAUAUAUAGAGAUGAAAGUGAGAUUGAUGGAGUGCUAAAUUUAAGCUAUGAAAGUCUACCCUAUUAUUUGAAGCCUUGCUUUCUCUAUAUGGGUUUAUUUCAAGAGGACGAAACCAUAUUUCCUAAGGAUUUACUUAGGAUGUGGAUAGCACAAGGCAUGAUAUCAUAUGAGAAUAUUGGAAACAAGGACAAAACAUUGAUUGAAAUCGCAAAGCUCUACUUGGCUGAGUUGGCCUCCAGGUCCAUCGUCCAAUUUGAAAUUAAGGAUAGUUUCACAGGUGUAGGAAAAUACAAGACGUGCAAACUUCAUGAUGUGGUAAGAGAACUAUGUUUAAAAUUGGGAAAAAGGGAGGAUUUUGGUUUGCAAAAUUUGGAGUAUCAAAGUGGGAAACUUAGUACCUUAGUACGACAAGCUUCCUCUCAUAUGAAAAUACGGCAUUUGGUUAUCCAUUUUAGAAGAGAAGUCGAACUGGAACAUGACAAGCUUGGAGAAGAUAGUAGCAAAUACUUAAGGUCUCUUCAAAUGGUCAAUCACAAAAAAGAUGUUGAGUUUCCCCUACAAAGUAUGGUUGAUUUUCACAAUUUCAAAUUGUUGAGAGAUCUAGUUAUGGUGGGAUUCAAAUUUGUAGGAAGAAAGUUACCGAAAGGAAUCACUAAUCUUGUUCACCUUAGACGUCUGUGUUUAGAAAAGUGUGAAUUUGAUAAGCUACCUUCGUCCAUAAGGAAUCUGGUAUACAUGGAUACCCUCAAUUUAUACUCAUCGAGAAAUGUUGAAGUUCCAAAUGUUUUCAAGGAGAUGCUACAUCUAAAACACUUGUAUCUUCCCGAUUAUGAUGAGGAAAAUAUUGAAAGUUACCGAUUAACAUUGGACGAGGGAGUGGUUGAGUUGGAGACCCUAUGGGAGUCGGAUAGUAGAGUGCACGAAUUAAAAUGUAUAAACAGAAUGAAGAAUCUGCGAAAUUUCACAACAAAAAUACACAACAACGAAAGCUUGUUUGUCAUCAUCGACGCCAUUGCUGUCAUGGACAAGUUAGUGUAUUGUGUGGUCAAUAUCAUGGGGGGUUGUGAGUUGGCAACAAAUGAGGGAGUGUUGAAGAAGGCAUUCACAUGUCCCAAUCUUCAUAUCUUGUCGAUUAAUGUUAAGUUAGGGAAGGCGUUGGCAGCGUGCGGGCGUGACUUCAUGAUGAACUCAAAACUUAGCACUUUAUCCCUGUGUGAAUGUGAGAUUGAGGAUGAUCCAAUGCCGAUAUUGGGGAAGCUUCCUUGCUUGGUAGAUUUGUCUUUAUUCUCGAUAUCAUUUGUCGGGGAGAAGAUUACAUGUCCAUCAAAUAGUUUUCCUCGCCUCAAGUGGCUUGGUCUAUAUCAAUUACCAAAGCUGAGGGAGUGGAGAGUGGAGGCAGGAGCCAUGUCUCUUCUCUAUCAAUUAAAGAUUCAUUAUUGUUCUAGUCUGGAAAUGAUUCCAAAUGGAUUGAGUGGCAUUUCUACUCUUCGGAAACUAGAGAUCUAUGGAAUGCCAGAAUUGGGGAAGAGGGUAUUGCCAUCAGGAGAGGAUUUCCACAAAGUCCGCCAUGUCCCUUCAGUUAUCAUCCAAGAUAACUAGUCUCCAUCUAAGGUACUUGAGAAACAUGGUUUUCUUAAUAAUUCUGACAUUUCCGGUGGUGGUGGAGAAGCUUGAGCAAGGAGAGGAUGCGGCUGUGAUUUUUGAGAGGGAGAUGAUUUUUUGUUUUUUUGUUUUAUUUCUUUUUUAAUAAAAAUGACAUGUGUAUUGCCAGAUCAAUUAAAAUGCCACGCGUAUUGCCACCUACAAUAAAAAUGCCACCCGUAUAGUCCACGUCAUUGCCGGUCAACUUUAAUUAUAGUCGAAGUUCUCGCCGUGUGCAAAU